ACCCCUCAAACUCUCAACCAUGCAGACCACCUUCAACGAGACGGCCAAGCCCGAGGCGGCGCGCAUCGCCGAGAACGAGAAGCGCGCCGCCGCUGGCGAGCCGCAGAUCCCCGGCGCUGCUGGCCGCGAGAGCAUCCCGGACAAGAGCGUCGAGCGUGAGUGGGCUGCGUCUUGAUCAUCUUGGAAAGGCAAUGAGGAGGGAGAAGAUGCACGGGCGCCAGGCGUUCAGCCCGCAUCAAUUGCCCGUGGUCGCGCUGCUUCACCAUCAGCCGCUGUCGACCUUGUGCUGACUCUCUUUUCUUUCCUCAGAGCACGACGCCACGACCGGCGGCCCCGGCUCGGAGGGCCCCGCGCCGGUGCAGCAGCCGACCGUCUAAGGUCGUCGCUCACUCGCGUCCAACUCGGCGCGUCGGCAUCGUCCAAAGCACGCGGCGCAGCACGAGCAGAAU